AUGGAGACCAAUAUUGAACAUGUCUACGAUACAAACAUGUGGCAACUAUUGGCCAGAGUCAUAGAGCACAGCAAAGCCUUGAUCAUAGCCUCCAAGAACAAAGCAGGUUCCAACUGGAUCAACACAAAUGACCUGUUAUCUGCUCUAUGUUCUCUGGGGAUAGAACCCCAACACCAUAAUCAAUUCAUUGGGAGAAGGACAGCUAAUCUUGCUAGUCAAGAUUUGACAGCUUCUGGAGACCAAAUUGAAAAUGAUGAAGCCUUUGAAGAAGAGUUGGAAUUUGCUGACCCCUUGGACAGUCUGCUCAGAUCAGCCUUUCAAGUCAUAAAAAAGCACCAGAGACCUCCUCCCAAACUGUUUUUCUUCCCUGUCAGCCAGAAGGAGACAAAGCUGGGGAAACCACCUCUGUCACCAUGUAAGGUUUGUAGCAGCCCUAAACAUUGGGAUAGGGAAUGCCUCUAUUGGGAGCAAUACCUGGAAUGGGCUAAGAAAAAGACAGCCCUGCUCACCUCACUAGAAUUAGAUGAUGAUGUGGAUCUGGAAGAAGUAUAUUGUGCAGCUUAUCAAGUCUUAAUCUAUGAAUCCAAUGCUUCAGAAUCGAAGGAUGAAGAUCCAGGAGUCCCAUCACAAUCGGAUUUUCAGCUAGCAUCUUUAAGUAAUGAGGAUGAACUAUCCUCCAUUAUAGAGAGUAAGACCGAUGAUCACAAAACUGCGAUGAGUCUGUUAGAUGCCUUGGAGACUCCACUGAUCACUCAUCCUAUUGUCAGAACCAAGCCUCUCAAACUCACUCCCGAAAGACAAGCUAAAGGAGAUCAUUCAGCAUCAGGCAUUUCAGUCCUAGCUGUCGAAGGAUGGGUUGGAAGUCUAGAUAACCCUCAGAUAUACUUAAGACAUGACUCAGGCACUGAUGUGUCCCUUAUAUUCCAAGAAUUAUAUGCUAGCCUGAAAAAGCCUCCUCCAAUCAGAAAGGGAGUCCAUUUAAAGCUUUGGCAACUCAUGGACAAGGAUGCUGAGAUUCAGGGCUAUGUUAAAAUACCCAUCUUUACACAAAUGCAAGGAGGAGUAAUAGUGCAAACAGAGGUGGAAGCCUACCUCGUCCCCAAAAUGUCAGGACUCAUACUUCUGGGUGAGGACUACCAGAUUAACUUCGAGUUAACAGUUAGCCGUAACAUGCAAGAUGGCUGCUGA